GUGUCCGUGUUGGAAUACGAUUAGGUCAAAGCGUUCUCGCUCCGAACACCGAACCAGCCACCUGUUCCGUCUUCUGAUCCCUGAUUCCUCCCUCGCCCUCUUUCCUUUUUGCAUCGAUUCCUUCCAAAUUUAGGUUUUUUCCUCCAUCCAACAUGUCAACGCAUCGUGUGGUGGGGUUGAUUUGAUCGAAUCUCGGAGAGGUUGCAAUUGGGGGGCGGUGUGAGGGGGGCGAUGGAGGGCGGAACUGGCGGCGGCGGCGGCGGAGACGUGGAGUUGGUCUCCAAGACGCUGCAGUUCGAGCACAAGCUCUUUUACUUCGAUCUGAAGGAGAACCCAAGGGGAAGGUACUUGAAGAUUUCUGAAAAGACAUCGGCCACUAGGUCGACAAUCAUCGUCCCCGUCGAUGGCAUCGUCUGGUUCCUCGAGUUAUUUGGAUACUACAUCAGCACUGACGAGCAGGACGUCUUCAGCAAGGAGCUUAAGCUCGAUUCCAAGGCAUUCUAUUUUGACAUUGGGGAGAAUAAAAGAGGCCGUUUUUUGAAGAUAUCAGAGUCAUCUGUUAAUAGGAACCGGAGUACAAUCAUUGUUCCCGCUGGGAGUUCGGGUGAAGAAGGAUGGGCAGCCUUUAGGAAUGUGUUACAAGAGAUACAUGAAGAGGUCUCGCGACUUUUCAUGGUUGCAAACCAGCAGCAACAUAUGGAACCUCCUGAGCGACUCUCAGGUCUUUCAGAUGAUGUUGGUGCGGGAUUCAUUUCAGGGCACAGCACUAACUCAGCAUCUGGCUCCGAAUUGAAUGUUGAGCGCCUGGUAGAUAUGCAUGCACAUGAUGAUAUUGGAGGUAUGGGGGUGUCUAAAGUAAUUAGGGUCGAUCAGAAGAGGUUCUUCUUUGAUUUGGGAAGCAACAAUAGAGGUCAUUUCUUGAGGAUAUCUGAGGUUACUGGGGCUGAUCGCUCGUCGAUCAUCCUCCCUCUCUCUGGUCUGAAGCAGUUCCAUGAAAUGGUAGGCCAUUUCGUUGAGAUAACAAAGGACAGACUCGAAGGAAUGGCCAGCGCAAAUGUCCGGACACUGGAGCCAUCGCAGAGAUGAUUGGGCUUGCUCAAUUUGAAUCUCUGGUGAACUUCGGCCUUGCUGUUUCUAUAUUUGAUAUGCUUUCUUAUUGUUUUAUGGUGAACAAUAAUCGUUUUCUAUGUUCCGUUGUGGGGGAGGGAUAGACGGUUGUAAAACCUUUCUUAAGCGAAGAAUAAUGUAGGUCAAGAUUGUAGCAUGUAUGUCAGUCCGAGCAGCAAAACUGCUGUUUGCGCGUCUCUAGUCAAUAAUCUCAAUGAUUGGUGUUAUUCCUACAAAACUCUUGCAUCAGCUCUGUUUCUUAUUGUACUGUC